AUGAGUGAAAAUAAGGGGAGAAUAAUGUUAAAAAUUCAUUUAGGAAAUGAUGAUGAAAAUAAAAAGCAAUUAGCACAAAACGAGAAAAACAAAGUUAUCAAUUUGAAGGACUCAAAGAGGUGGAAAGAGUAUUCAAAAAAUAACACAGAUGGAAGAGAAGAACAUGAUGAAUUUUGCAACAAUGGACGUGAAAAACGUGAUGUUGAAAAUUACAAAAUUCACAAAAAGAGAAUCAGGGAAGAUCGUCUUGAAGAAAAAAUUACGUCCAUAAUUUCGAAAUUGACUAAAAUAGCAUGUAUUUGUGAAGACCAAAAUAACUAUAUAAGUGAUAACAACAACAGUAUAACGAACAGUAAGGAGAAUAGCAAAGGGGACAGCCACACACAUAGCAGAACGCAUAGUCGAACUCGUAGCAAUGACAAUAGUCUAGAAUAUAGUCAAGGGUGCAGUGCUGAACAGAGUGGGGAGAACAAUCGAGAAAAGAAGAACUCACGAAUUUGCAGGAAACUGACGAAAGAAAUGUACAAAUACGAGAAAUGUCUGAUUAGUCUAAAUAAUUUUAUUAAUGAUAAGAAUAACAAAUUGGAUGAAAUUACUUUUCCAAACGGUUUGGUUAAAGCAGUCGAUAAUUACAUAAGUCCAGAUGUAUGGAUAUACAAAUAUCUUUUACUGGAAUGCAAAAAACAGAGUGAUAAGUAUCGCAAUUUAAUACAAAAUAUUGCCACUUUUGAUAGCACACUAAGGAGUAAAAUUAUCAAUGAACAUGUCGAUAAAAUCACAAUGCCCAUAUACCCUCCACUUGCACACACUAAGUUGGAUGGUUUACCCUCCCCAGGGGAGAAGAAUUAUUAUAAAAAUGUUCAUAUACCUAAAGAACUUGCAGAUGCUUAUUUUGAAAAUUUGAAGCGUCGUAAGACCGACCAAGGGGAGGGAGGGGGGAAAGAUGCAUAG